CGUGCGGCCCAAACCCCUAUUCUCCUAUUAGGGCAGGAAAAGAAGACAGCUUACUACAGACCCUUCGGUUAAGACGCAAGAAGAAGAAAAGUUGUAUUUUUUGUUCGAAAAAAAGGACAGAGGGUUCCAAAUGACCAGCAGAAAGCUUGUGCGGGACUUGUUUAUCUCUAAACAGCCUAUUUUCCGCCGAAUAUUAGCACCACAACAGGUGGUUUAUGGUAGAGUUGCAACAAAUUUGAGGUUGGUUGGAGCAGAUAGGCAUUAUCUGGGCAUUCGUAAUUUUGGUGUAUUCAAUGAGUUCUCCAAGAAGGUUAAAGGGGAAGUUGAUAGAAAUCAAGAAUUCCAACAGUCAGUCAAGGUACUGAAGGAGAAAGCAGAGGAGUUGAAAGGGGUGAAGGAGGAUCUUAAAACAAGAACGAAGCAGACAACUGAGCAGCUUUACAAGCAUGUGGAUGGUGUUUGGACGGAGGCUGAAGCUACGGCAAAAAAGGUUUUUUCCAAUGUGGAGGAAAAAAUUUCUGCUACUAAAGAGGAGGUCAAAGAAAGUUUUGGGAUGGGGAAGCAAGAAGCUCCAGGAUCAAGUGGUCAUUCACAUACUUCUAGUUCAAAUACCCAUGAGAGUAGUGAGUCUGCAUCUGCAAAAAAUCAACAGGAACAGCAGCAAUCUGGUUCCAGUGAUAGUGCAGAAUCAGUUUAUAGCAAGGUUAAGUCUGCUGCUUCAUCCUUAUCAUCAAAAGUGUCACCAGCCUUCCAGAAAAUUAAAGAAGCAAAGCCUAUUGACUUAGCCAAGAAGGGAUAUGGCAUCAUAUUGGAUGAGUUGAAAGGUACUCCAGGUAAGAGAAAGCGCCUCGAAUAUUCUGCUCCCACGCAAGAAACUUCAGCAAACUUUGAGAGAAGCACAAGGACUGAUGUUGCUGUCUUACCAUCAAAGCAAUCGAAAUGGAAUAAGAAAUGGGAGGCAUUCAAGGAUAAAAUGCAAGGUCACCCUCUUUUUAAGCGCUUCACUGGCAUGAGUGAACCUGUUGUAACAAGAAGCCAGGAGAUUGCAGAAGAUAUUCGUGAGAGAUGGGAAACAAGUGAUCAUCCCAUUGUUCACAAAAUCCAAGAUUUAAAUCAAACUGUGGGGGGAGAAUCAUCAGCUGCAAUGUCAUUUAAAGAGAUUCGCCGCAGAGAUCCGUCGUUCUCUUUACCUGAAUUUGUUGCUGAGGUUCAAGAAGUGAUUCGACCAGUUCUUGAAGCUUUCUUCAAAGUAAGUAUGCACAAGUUCAUUAAAGCUUAUAGACACAUCUACACUAUAUUUUGUGUGGGGGUGAAAAUGGGUGAGCAGAACGAAGGGUAUGGGUUAGUCAUUUGUUUGGUCCACAACUAAGAGAAUGGUGCAACC